AUGGAAACGAAUCUUUUGACUGAGCUGUGUGACGUUGCAUGGCCCAGCAUUGACAACGCAGCAGACUGGGUGACCUAUCUUGAGGAUGGCAGCGUGAAGGUUUCCUCCCUGGAUGGAAAUGCCUAUUUGUACAUGCCUGCCAUGAAGCAAGAAUUCACUGUGAAGUUCCUGUGCCAGCUGAGCUGUAAAGUCACUUCACCAGUUUAUGAGGCGCAAUGCACAAACGAUCAUUGUCAUGAACCUAAAGUCAGAAAUGUGUCAAGUUCAGAAACUACAAAUUCUAAAGUCAGAAUCAGGUCAAAGUAUUCUUCAUACCCAUUCCAACCAAGUGAAGAGACAAUUGCAUUUAAUAAACAUGCAUUUCAGUAUACGUGGCAACUUCAGAGCUUUUCUGUGUUUUCAUGUCCUCCCGCAUUUCAUUACCCAAUGGCCUUAGCCAUUUAUUUUCAUCAAAAACGGACGGAACAAACGGAGGAAAGUGACUCUCCAACAAAGGCUGAGGUUGCAGCUGAAGCCUUUAUUAAGGGUCAUGAAAAUGGAGCAGUUUCCAAUUUACCUACAGCUUUACCAUUAAGCUGUUGCGCAGCCCACUUGCACAGAUGGAAUUUCUUUGAAUUGUCACAGGAGAAACAAGAUGUUAAAUCCGCUUUGUCCCUACUUCCUUUGAAAGUGGUGAUAAGCGGUAAUGUAACUUACAGAUUGCUUUUCGAUCGCACCGAUAUUGUGGAAAUACACCCUGCCGAUGGCUCGGUUUUCAUUUCAGAAGGGCUGUAUAUAGGAAAAUAUUUCAAGUACAGCUUUAUUAAGGAAUCACAGAAAGAAGAACGGAUUUAUGCAACAAGUGACCUUCCCCCAGACAAACCUAGAGAUUUGUAUUCAGUGCGGGAUAUAAUAACACAGGCAACAAGGUUUCUGGAAAUUUGUUAUAAAAACAAGCUCUCAUUGAACCCGGUUUCUGAAAUCUGUUGCUGGCAAAUGGAAUCUUUGGAAGACACCAAGCCUUCUGUACCAAAACGGAUUGUGAAGUCUGAUGUUCCGGGCAUAGGGAGUUUUGCAGCUUACUCUGAUAAUAUGGUGCUCGCUACAUUUUUGGAUGGUGUGAUUCUGCAUAUGAUUUGGGGAUUUUCCUUUCACAAACACAAACAGGGUCGAAUAAAAGACCAGUGGUUUCUACCUGUGGGUUCAACUGCUGUUGAAUCAGACCAUUUUGGUUGGUGUAAACUGCGCUUUCCUAAUGGAUCAACAAAAUAUGUUCGACUGCAAUGGCCAGGAUCUUAUGCAAGUUACAUCAGAGCUGCUACAGAUUGGUGCAGGUGGCUAGAAGAACAGUCUCAAAGAAAAUCAGAGAUACCUACUGCAGAUAAAAAUUGGUAAUUAAAGUUUUUACUUUUAUUUAAUUAUUUUACUUUUUUUAAUGAAUAAUUAGCUAUACGGGUCCAUAGUAAUCCAGUACCUAAUGGAUAAGAGGUAUUGACAGCUUUUUUUUUUUUAAAUAUUUUCAUAGACUGAAACCUUUGUGUCUCAAUGAUUUUAAUCUUUUGAAUCUGUCUACAUUAAAGGGACAUAAUACUCAUAUGCUAAAUCACUUGAAACUGAUGCAGUAUAACUGUAAAAAGCUGACAGGAAAAUAUCACCCGAGCAUCUCUAUGUAAAAAAGGAAGAUAUUUUACCUCACA